AUGGAAGAAGAUGGAAGUAAAAGCCCAACUGCUGCAAAGAUAGCAGAAGAAAUUCAAGCUAAAGCCGAAGAAGUUAAAAAGACCCUUAAACACGUAGAAACUAAAGAAAAAAACAUCUUACCAACCGCUGAAGGCUAA